GCUACACCGUACAUCCAUACAUUGCGCACAUGAGGAUUCGGAGUUGGUUAAACUGGGAAAAACACUGGAAACUAUGAAUGACAAGACAGCGGGGUGACAUGGAGACAAAGAAGGCAAGUCCUCGGGAAAAUAUCUGCGUAUUUAAUAUGACCGGAUGUCUAGAGAGAAACUAGCAUGAGCUGUUUUUAGAUUUUAAGGCAUGCAGUUUGACAGCAGGUCGUAACCUGGGACAGAUCGCACGGAUCUAAUGAGGUUGUCUGCACGUCUCUGUGCUCCUACAAAGUAUCAUAACAGCUGUACAGUCUGAUUCAGAUAUCAGCAACAUGCCCCUGUCAGACUUUCUGGACGGCCUGAAGGACAACCCGUACUUCGGGGCUGGGUUUGGGCUGGUCGGGGUCGGAACAGCGUUGGCAGUAGCCAGGAAAGGUGCCCAGGUGGGAAUGAUCUUCUUCCGCAGAAACUACAUGAUUACUCUGGAAGUGCCCAGCAGGGAUAAGAGCUACCACUGGCUGCUGAGCUGGAUCACCAAGCACGCCAGGCACACCCAGCACCUGAGCGUGGAGACCUCGUACCUGGCGCACGAGAGCGGACGAGUCCACACGCAGUUUGACUUCCACCCGAGUCCUGGAAACCACAUCAUCUGGUACGGGAGGAAGUGGAUCAGGGUGGAGAGGACCAGAGAGAAGCAGAUGGUGGAUCUGCACACUGGAACCCCGUGGGAGUCUGUCACCUUCACGGCUUUAGGCAGAAACAGACAAAUUUUCUUCAAUAUCUUACAAGAGGCAAGAGAAUUGGCCCUGAAGCAGGAAGAGGGACGGACAGUGAUGUACACAGCCAUGGGUGCAGAGUGGAGGCCCUUUGGGUUUCCACGGCGACGCAGGCCCCUCAGUUCUGUGGUCCUGGAGAGGGGUGUAACCGAGAAGCUCGUAGAUGAUGUCAAAGAGUUCAUUGGAAACCCCAAGUGGUACACAGACAGAGGCAUCCCCUACAGGAGAGGAUACCUCAUGUAUGGCCCCCCGGGCUGUGGAAAAAGCAGCUUCAUCACGGCACUGGCAGGCGAGCUGGGCUACAGCAUCUGUCUGAUGAGUCUUAGUGACCGAAGCCUUUCAGACGACCGCCUGAACCACUUGCUGAGUGUGGCACCGCAGCAAAGCAUCAUUCUGUUGGAGGAUGUAGACGCAGCAUUUGUCAGCCGAGAGCUGCUUCCCACGGAGAACCCUCUGGCCUAUCAGGGAAUGGGAAGACUGACCUUCAGUGGCCUGCUGAAUGCACUCGACGGAGUGGCUUCAUCUGAGGCCAGAAUAGUUUUUAUGACCACCAACCACAUUGACAGGUUGGACGCAGCGCUGAUCCGACCCGGCCGUGUGGAUCUGAAGCAGUACAUCGGUCACUGCACGCACUGGCAGCUCACACAGAUGUUCUCACGGUUCUACCCCGAAGAGCCGGCCUCUGAAGGAGAGCGAUUUGCAGAGUGCGUGUUGGCCGUCCACUCUGAAGUCAGCGCCGCCCAGGUGCAAGGACACUUUCUGCUGCACAAAACGGACCCGGCAGGAUCUAUAGACAAUGUUGCCCAAAUUCAAUAAUGACAGCAGGACUGCAAGAUGUUUUUCAGACUGAUAACUUAAUAAAGAGAAAUGUGAGC